AGACAAGGUUUAUACCUCGAGUACCUGUUUCCCUCAUUGCUUAAAUUCACCAUCCAGGAACGACACACACAAUUACGCACACACACACAUUUAACGAUGUCUCUCUCUAAAGAACAAAUUGAUGAAAUGAACGAGGCUUUUAACCUCUAUGAUAUCGAUAACGAUGGUCUUAUACCCACUAGCCACGUUGGUUCUGUUCUCCGUAGUUUGGGUGUUAAUAUCACAGAUAUUGAGCUCACAAACUUUUCCCAGAAACAUGGCGACACGAUCAACAAACAGGUGUUUACAGAUCUUAUGACUGAAAAAUUAAGUCAGGUGGAAUCAGAGGACGAGUUCAUCAAAGCUUUUGCUGUCUUUGACCGUGACAACACAGGCAUGAUUGAAACAAGUCGUUUUGCCGAGUAUAUGACCAACUUGGGUGAAAAACUCCCUACGGCAGAAGUUCAGGCAAUGAUUCAAGAAGCGGAUCCAAACAAUACAGGCUCUUUUAACUACCGUGAGUUUGUCAUCAAAAUUCUCUCCAAGUAGAUACGACACGCCAAUGAAUGUGUACGAUUAUGUUGAACAAGAUAUGAUCAAUAUUGUACUUUCGGGAUAGACCGGGCUUUCGACAAAAGGAUCGCAUAGAAAUGAAUUGUUCAUAACGUUAUAGGUAAAGGGUGCGAGGCGGGCGGAUUGGGAGAU